AUGGUCCAAGCUGGUAGAAUUAUUCCUAGUCCUCAACUCUUUAAGGAUGCAGGAGAGAUAUUGCCACUAGGUCAACUGUAUCAGUCAUCAUUUGAUGCAAUAAACAAUGGAAUGGAUGUUACGAAUACAGAACAGGACGAUACAGUUGCUACUAUUUCACGAGACGGCACAACCAAGACAACAGAAAAGAAACUCAAAAAAACUGGAGUCAGGGUUGAUUUUUCUUUAGACGAUGUCCUACGAUUUUCAACAUUGAGCCGUAGUGAGGCUGCAAGGGGACUCCAAGUCAGCGACUCGACAUUGAAGCGUAUCUGUAGGAGACAUGGUAUUCUUCGGUGGCCUCCUCGCAACAUAAACAAGGAUGAGGCAUUUCCCAUAGCGUUACCAAAUGUUGGAGCUAUUGUGCACGUUGAUUCACUAGAAGAACCUUCAUGGAGGGAACUUGAUGCUGCAAUAGAUGGAGGACAUGAUCUCUGGGAAGACGAUAGCUUGCCAUCUAUUUCUAAUUUGGAGAAUAAAGGUCAACCUACUUUUGCGAAGAGUCUUGGCGUUAGAGCUUCCACAUUCAAGCACAUCGGGGGACAACAUGGGAUCACUCCGUGGCCAAAUCGACAAGUAGUUCACUCGUUCAUUUUUGAUAAGUCAAUUUGUUUUGUUAGUAGUAAUUGUAAUGGAGAAGGAGCGAUGACAUGUCCAGAUUCAUUGGAUCAGCCAUCAAUGGAUGCAUUAAUUGCUGAACGAAAUGACUUGGAGGUAACUUGUCCAACAGAAGGCACCAUCAAAAUGCAAAAAAGGGAGCAGGGAAAAACUGGAGUUCGAAUUGAAAUUUCUCUAGACGAUAUCCUUCUAUAUUCUGAUAAGAAACUUAAAGAUGCUGCAAUGGACCUCAAAGUUAGCGGAUCUACAUUGAAGCGUAUCUGUAGGGGUUAUGGUAUCCAUCGGUGGCCACCUCACAACAUAAGUGAGCCCUCGCAUAUUAAGAACGAGGGACAAACCGUACAACUAAAUUCUGAUCUGCCUUUGAAUCAAGCCUCAGUUAGUGUUGCUCACAUAAAGCCAGAAUCCCAAGAAGCGAAUAAGGUUUUAGUUAAGGCAAAAUAUGGAGAUUUGAUGUUGAAGUUUGGGCUGUCUUUGUCGGCCGGGUUUAGAGAGCUGGAGCAUGAAGUGGCUAAAAGACUGAACCUGGACGUUGGAACUUACUAUGUCAAGUAUCAAGAUGAGGAUGAUGAUUUGAUUUUAUUAGCUUGCGAUGAUGACUUACGAGCUUGUGUGCACAGUUCUAUAUCUCUGGGCAACACUUCGACAUUGGUACUGCUUGAGCUAAAGCAUCCAUUUUGAAUCCUGCUAAUUAGGCAUGUAUAUAUCUAUAUGAUCUUGUGUUCUGUAAGCAUCUGAUGGUCGUGCUGCCCUAAAGAUCUGCACUUACAGUAGUUGUUCAAUUAGUCAUUUCAAUGUCAGGAAGUUGUGCGUUCCUUUUUCAGCCACUCCUAUUCCGGCCACUGAAGGUUUAUAUCUCAUUUGUAUGGAAGAAAAAUUGAUGAAUGGAAGAAAUCUAGAAAACCGCAGAGAGGUUGGUACAGGUAUGCAACCAAAAACCAUCUGGUUUUUAGCUAUGCAUUGCUCUCAGUGUUGAACAGAAAUUGACAAUGGUUUUACAUGGCGAGAGACCGGAGAAUAGAGGAGUGUAGUUCCUAGUUCAGAAGGUUUAGACAACGGAAUUCCCAGCCAAUGUAAUUUUUAUUUAUUUAUUAUUUUUGGUCUUACAUGAACAAUUAUUAGCAAUACGUGAAUUUGUUGUGUCAGUUAUUGAUUCAUCUCGAGUGCCAUCUCAAAAAAUACAAAUAAUUCAAAAUUAGUUAAC